AUGCCCGUUCAUCCCUCGCUCGAAGGGUCAACCUUCGAUGCUGACCUGCGCGACCGACACCUGAUAUACGACUAUGCUGCACAGGAUGCAGCUGGUAACCCAGAAAAAUGGCGGUAUGAGAUGUGGUUCCAAAAUGAGGAUCGGAUCAACUACGCCAUUCAUGGCGGGCCGAUGGCCGGCCGGAUCAACUUCCAGACUGCGGAGUACCAGUGUAUCCGACCGGGGGAGCUAUGGCAGUGCAACUGGCUCGAGGAGACCGGGACAAUGUGCUCGCUGGUGUUCGAUAUUCCACAACAAAAGAUCACGACCAUGUUGGGAUUUUCAAAGGGCCACUGGGAGAGGGCAGAAGAUGCGCAUGGCGAUAAGCGGAACCCAGAAGAUCUGGCGAGAUGGCGAGGGCUGGCGAAAUUGGGGAUCCAAACAGAUCGAGUCUUGUUGAGUGAGCAGGCAGAUAUAUUGGAAGAUUUCCGGGGACCGGGGGAUCUCAAGCCUGUUGACAAUAGCUGGCCGACGCUAUAA